CUUUCCCUUCUCUUCUGUAGUUACUUGAUCCCUCAGCUCAAUUAGCUCUCACUCUCUCCCUCUGCUAACGUCUUUCAGACCCUUUUAAACCCAAUUUGUGAAAGCAAAAGAACAGAGGAAGCAAUGAAAGACAGAGGCAAAGCUGUUGAAGUCUCUAGCGGUAACUGGUUCUCAGAGUACUCUUCUUCGUCAGAUCUUCCCUGCAGAAAACACCCUUCUUCCUCAGCAGUUGGAAUUUGCGCUUACUGCCUCAAGGAUCGAUUGGUAAAGCUUGUAUGCUCUGAUUGUGGAGAGCAACGCCUUUCCUCUUGCUCCUGCUCUGACAUAUCUUCCUACCCCAAUUCUUGCACCGUUGAGGUUGGUAGUGUUGGCCGGAUUUCAUUCCUUAUUGAAAACGAGAAGGCUGAUUUGUUUCGUACCAAUUCGAAGCCAAUCUGUGAUGAGAAGAAGUCUGAAGCUGUUGUGCUCCUCAAGAGGAGCAGCAGUAACUCUAUUGAUGUCAAAAAGAGUGGCCUUUGGAUGUUUAGGAAGUUUUUCAGGAAGAAAAAAGAAAAGAGUCUGGAGAUUUCAGAGAAAAACAGUGCUGUAUCUGAAGAUAAAGGUCAGAUGUGGAUUUUUGAUUAUAUGGGUAUGUCUAGGUCCAGGUCUGUUAGUGGUUUCAGGACUAGUCUUGAUGAGCCAGCAGGCAUCGAUGGCCUUCCUGUCUCAGGCAAUGGAGAUAUGGUUUCAGAGUUUAGUGAGAAAAAUCUCUCAGCAUGUGGCCUUAAAAGUUUCAAAUUAAGUGGUUUAUCAGAGCCAUCACAGGGGGCUGGUAAUAGUUUUAGAGCUAUAAAUAGUAGAAGUUCAUGCCCAGUAGAAGCUGAAGCUGAUUUCAGUGACUUGGAGGAAUCGGGCUUUAUUGACUUGAAGAUUGGUUCGUCGCCGGAAUUAAAAACAGAGCUCUCUGGUAUAAAGAUGGAUGGUUUCUCUGAAUCAGACCAUGGUUUUAGCAGUCUAAGAGUUGGUGGUAUCUCGAAACAUGGGUGUCAAUCUUUUCGUUAUUCGAGUGGAGCUGAACUGUGGAGUAAUGGAGGCUCGUGCAGGAUCACAGUUAACGAGAAGGAGAUAAAGAAGAGGAACAAAAGCCUGAAAGUAUGGAGAUGGGUAUUCAGGCAUCAUUAAUCAAAUGGAAAAGUGCAAAAAGUUUUUGUAACUUGUAAGCAUGUCUCUUCUCAUGAG